AUGGUUAGCAACAGUAGUCAGUCUAGAGUAGCGUUGUGGGGGCCGGGCUCCUGCCAGGAGCCAGGCUUCCUGGACCAGUACGAGGUCCUGAGGGCCAUUGGGCAUGGCGAGUUUGGUCAGGUCUACCUGGCCCGCCAUCGCCUCACAGGGGCAGAUGUCGCAGUGAAAGUCCUGAAGACGGAGACGCAGGACAUCUCGGACCUCUCCGAACCUCUAAUGUUGAGGAGCCUGGAGCACCCCAACAUUGUACAACUCUUUCAGGUGAUGAGGACCAGGAAAAACCUGUACAUGGUGAUGGAGUACACAGGUGGGGGACAGCUACUUGAGCAUAUCCCCCCUGGUGGCAUGCAGCAGGAGGAGGCCUGCAGAAUCUUCAGGCAGAUCGUGUGUGCCCUGGGCCACUGCCACGACAAGGGCAUCGUGCACAGGGACUUGAAGCUAGAGAACAUCAUGCUGGAUGCCAGAGGACAUGCAAAACUUAUUGACUUCGGCUUCAGCACCAGGUUCACAGCCGGGCAGAAGCUUAAUGACUUAUGGGGUACUCUGGCUUACAUCGCCCCAGAAAUUGUCCUGAAGCAAGAGUAUGAGGGCCCCCCAGCGGACAUCUGGAGCCUGGGCGUCAUCCUGUACUGUAUGUUGACGGGGAGCUAUCCAUUCAGGGGGGACACCCCUCAGGAGUUGCUGAUGAGGAUCAUUCUGGCCAGGUUCCAGGUGCCCAGCUCUGUUCCGGUCAAAGCACGAAGGCUCAUCCACCAGAUCCUGGUCCUGAACCCCAAGAAGCGACCCACAGUGAAGCAGAUCCUGCAGCACCCCUGGCUGCGGCAGGGUGAGCCAUGUGCAACCCAUCCUUCCAGCCAGGCCCUGCCCACACGCCCAGACCCUGCCAUCCUGACCAUGCUGUUCGACCUGGGUUUUGAUCCCUACCAAACCUGGGUGUCUCUGGCCAAGAGGAAGUUCAAUGUGGUCAUGGCGACGUACCUCAUCCUGAAGCACCAGCAAGGCCAGGGGGUAGGGAGCACCUUCCAGGGGCAGCCUGUGCCUCAGUGGCUUAGGCCUCGCCAGCGCCCCGAGAAUCUCUCCAAUGUCCCUGUCCUCCCACAGAGGAGCGCCAGCCAGCCUGCCCUGCGCACCUUCCCCUUGCCCUCUGAGUAUCUGCUGCCCGAGGACGCCCAACAGCCAGGGCACAGGGACAUCAGGGGUGGCAGCCUGCCUGCCAUUCCUCUGCGCUGCCCGCCUGCAGGGGCCCCCACUCUCCGCAGCUGCUCCCAGUCUGACUCUGGCUUCCCCAGGCCCAAGCCCUCCAGGGUCCUCGUCUGGUGGUCCAGGGCACACAGCAGCUCCUCCUCCCUGGACACAGCCCCGAGGCAAGGCCCUGGCCACACCAAUGGCUGGAAACAGGUGAGGAGCAGGAUCGCUGCCUGUGUCCGAGCCCUGUGCUGCUGCUGUGUGCCAUGUGUCAGCAAUAAAAUGGCUCAAAUGUCACAGAGAAGCGACGUGCCACACCCAUAG